GCAGCUCCACGUCAACUCUGCCCUUGUGACCUCUAGAAGCGCGGCACUAACGUCGUCCAUGAGCCGUCUGUGGCAUCCAACAGCCUCCGCCACUAUAUAUUCUGCCAUGCCGUGGUUCUUGUCCUCGUCCGCUAUCCUACGACCCGGAGGUCUUCCCUCAGGCUUGUCCCCACGAUGACGUCCUCGAAAACCUCCUCCCCAGCUGAUAUCGAGAAGAGACAAUCCGAGGCAGGCGUACAGAUUGCAGACCUGGACGACUCCGAUGCCGACUUUGGCGGGCAAGAAGCCCGACAGAGGCUCGAGCGAAAGCUGCUGAGGAAGAUUGACCUGAGGAUGUCUAUCAUGAUCGUCAUCUACAUCCUCAAUUAUGUUGACCGUAAUAAUGCCGGUGCAGCGAGGAUGCGGGGAUUCGAGACAGACCUGCACCUGCAAGGCCAGGAAUUUGCGACUCUACUGUCCAUUCUCUAUGUUGGCUAUAUUCUCAUGCAGAUACCCUCGAAUAUGCUGCUGAAUCAUAUAGGAAAGCCUUCGCUAUACCUACCAGCGUGCAUGAUCGUAUGGGGCACGAUCUCCAUCCUCACGGGCAUUACGAACAAUUUCGUCGGCGCGCUCCUCACCCGCUUCUUUCUCGGCUUCGUCGAAGCCGCCUUCUUCCCCGGAGCCCUCUUCCUGCUUAGCAAGUGGUACAAGCGCAGCGAGCUCGGCACGCGCACGGCGCUCCUCUACUGCGGCAACAUCAUCUCCAAUGCAUUCGGCGCCCUCAUCGCGUCCGGGAUCCUCGACAACAUGAACGGGGAUCUCGGGCGCGCCGCGUGGCGUUGGCUGUUCUACAUUGAGGGCGCACUGACGAUCUUCGUCGCUAUAUGCGCGAUGUUCAUCCUCCCGGACUUCCCCACCACAACGCGGUGGCUGACUGAUGAGGAAAGGAGGCUCGCAAUGAAGCGAAUGCAGGAAGAUGCCGGGGUUGGAGACGAAGGUGAGACGGAGGUGGGGGGCCAUGGCGCUGGGCUAUGGCUGGCCAUCAAGGACUGGAAGGUGUGGUGGAUGGCGUUUGCGAUGACCAGCCAAGUCGUUGCAUUGAGUUUCAACGCGUACUUCCCGACCUUGAGCGCGACCAUGGGCUUCAAUCCGACAGUCACACUGCUGCUAUGCGCGCCGCCGUUCGUGUUCACUGCGAUUAUGGCAUUCGCGGUCUCCAGACAUUCCGACAAGACUGGCGAGAGGUUCUAUCAUAUCACCGUGCCCAUCUUCGGUGGUAUCGUCGGCUUUGUGAUUGCUAUCUGCACGAUGGACACCGCGGCGAGAUACGUUUCCCUUUUCCUGAUGGCUCAAUCCUACGCCGGUUUCGUCGUACUCUAUACCUGGGUCAGUAACUCCUUUCCUCGUCCACCUUCGAAGCGUGCAGUGGCCGUCGCUCUCGUAAACGCGUUCUCGCAGCUGGGGAACGUGGCCGGCUCGUACGUCUGGCCAAGCGCAUGGGGUCCCACCUACCGCAACUCAUACGCUAUAUGCAUCUCGACGGCGGGCUGCACGAUUGUCAUGUGCUAUAUCUUCAAACUACACCUUGCCUACCUGAACAGGGCACUAGACGGGGAUGAAGCCGAGAAGGGUGUCAAGAAGGCAGGCUUCCGCUACCUACUUUGA